CCCGCGACGCCCCAACUUACAGAACUGGCUUCUUGGGUUUCGGGAGUGUUUCCCAUUUAAACAAACAGUGCGGAAGAUGGCGGAGAGUUAAUGGUGUAAAGAAGAAUUUGUAUCGAUCCCGGCGGAGCGAGACGUCCACGAAAAGACUCCAUUGACCAGCACACAUAGAACCACACCACCCCUCCUAGAGAGAGAGAGAGAGAGCGAGAGAGGGGGAUCUGAUCGUCCAUCAUCUCGGGGCGCCGUCACAAGGUGCUGAUAUGUGUACACGAUGAGCGGAUUGGGGGAGAACUCCAUGGAGCCUCUGAGCUCAGAAAACCGGAAACGCAAGCUCUCCACUUGUGACACGCCUGGUCUGGGGUGUGAGAGGAAGCGACGGGAGCAGGAGAGCAAAUACAUCGAGGAGCUGGCGGAGCUGAUCUCCGCCAACCUCGGCGACAUCGACAGCUUCAACGUCAAACCAGACAAAUGUGCCAUCCUCAAAGAGACGGUGCGGCAGAUCCGCCAGAUCAAAGAGCAGGGGAAAGCUUCAUCCAACGACGACGACGUCCAGAAGUCAGACGUGUCCUCGACAGGUCAGGGGGUCAUCGACAAGGACCACCUGGGGCCGCUCCUCCUGCAGGCUCUGGACGGCUUCCUGUUUGUGGUGAACCGGGAGGGCAGCAUCGUCUUCGUGUCGGACAACGUGACGCAGUACCUGCAGUACAAACAGGAGGAGCUCAUCAAUACCAGCGUGUACAAUAUUCUCCAUGAGGACGACAGGGAGGAGUUCCACAAGAACCUGCCCAAGACCAACAUAAAUGGAGUGUCGUGGGGGAGCGAGGCGGCCCGACAGAAGAGUCACACCUUCACUUGCCGGAUGCUGGUCAAGUUUGGCCACGCCCACGGCCCCAUGGAGGAGGGGCCAGGAGGGCCACGCUACGAGACCAUGCAGUGUUUUGCUCUUACCCAGCCCAAAGCCAUGAUCGAGGAGGGGGAAGACCUGCAGUCAUGCAUGAUCUGUGUGGCCCGUCGGGUGACCGCCGUGGAGAGAACGGAGAGUUUCAACACCCGGCAUGAGCUCUCAGGUAAACUGAUCCAGAUCGACCAGAACUCCCUGCGGGCGUCGAUGCGUCCAGGCUGGGAGGAUUUGUUGAGGCGUUGCAUUCAGAUGUUCCUUCAGCACAGUGACGGGCAGCCCUGGUCGCACAAACGCCACUACCACGAGGCCUUCCUGCAGGGUCACGCCGAGACACCCUUGUACCGCUUCUCCCUGUCCGACGGCACGCCGGUCACGGCGCAGACCAAGAGCAAGCUGUACCGCCACCCCAUGAGCAACGAGCCGCAAGGCUUCAUCUCCACUCAUCUACUCCAGAGGGAACCAAACGGCUACCGCUCGGCUCAGGGUGGGAGCAUGAUGCCGAACACCAUGAGACAACAGGGCAUGGGAGGCCCCAACCCGAAUGCCCAAAUGAACAUGAACACCGGUGGGGGGAUGGGCAUGGGCAACAUGAGCAGGGGCUACGGCAUGAACGAGCCGGGCCACUUGGGUCACAUGGCUCCGAUGGGAGGCGGCUCCAUGUACGGUGGGAGCGGGGGAGGAGGAAGUGGAGGUGGAGGCAUGGGCAACCGCAUGAUGCAGAUGAAUCAGAUGAAUCAGGUGGGGCACAUGAAUCAGAUGGGUCCCAUGAAUCACCCGGGCCAAGGGAUGCAGCAGCACCCGCAGCAGCACCCGCAGCAGCACCCGCAGCAGCACCCGCAGCAGCAUCCGCAGCAGCACCCGCAGCAGCAUCCACAGCAGCACCCGCAGCAGCACCCACAGCAGCAUCCACAGCAGCCCCCGUUUCAGAGCAGCGGAGGGUUUGGGCUGAGUGGCAUGAACAGCCCUUCAGGAAGCCCCAGAAUGGGGGGCCCCCAGCAGGGACUCCUGAUGUCACCCCGGAACCGAGGGAGCCCGAAGAUGGGCGCCAACCAGUUCUCACCUGGAGGCAUUCACUCUCCCAUGAGUGGCAUUGUCAGUGGUGGAGGGAGUGGGGGGAGCACCACCACCUUCUCCAGCAGCUCCCUAAAUGCCCUACAAGCGAUCAGCGAAGGAGUCGGGAGCUCCCUCCCCUUAACGCUAACGUCGCCCUCGCCGGCCCACAAACCGGACAGCUCUCCCAGCGUCCACUCCUCCUCCUCUUCCUCUCAGCCCAGUCAGCCGGCCAAACUGGGCCAAGAUGGCUCCAAAAGCCCAGCGGGAGGCUUGGGGCCAGGGCCCGGUGACCAUCACCACCCCAUGCACCAUCACCACCAUCAUCAGCAUCCUCAGGCUGAGAGUUCAGGAGACCGACCAGACAGCCAGGCAGCCACGGCAGCAAAAGAGUCUGGCGAGGGAAGCAAUGAGGCCGGGGUGGCGAGCUCUGAACCCCCUCGGCGGGUGCCGGACAGUAAGGGGCAUAAGAAGUUGCUGCAGUUGCUGACCUCCCCAACUGAGGAGCUGGGAAUAGGUGGCAGCGGGUCAUCAGGGCCCCCUGUGCCACCCCCAGCGACCAGCAGCAGCACUCCUGCAGGCUCAGACACUAAGGACCCCACUGGAGGCAUGACGAGCCCCUCAUCUACCGGCGUGUCCUCCUCUUCCUCAGCCGGUGCCAAUCCAGGCCAGGCCACUGGUCCAGGGGGCGUGUCAACGUUAAUAUCAUCAGCCCACUACACAGGAUCGCUGCAGGAAAAGCACAAGAUCCUCCACAAGCUUCUUCAAAAUGGAAAUACCCCGGAUGAUGUAGCUAAGAUCACAGCGGAGGCGACAGGAAAGGUGACGCUCGGGGGCCAGGAGGGCGGCGAAGCCGGGGCAGGGGGAUCAGGGGCCGGGGCCGGGCCGGGGGUGGUCACGGAGCCCAAGCAGGAGCAGCAUAGUCCCAAAAAGGAGAAAACCCACGCCCUCCUCCACUACCUCCUCAACAAGGAUGACUCCAAAGAGCCAGUGGACGUCAAGCCGAAACUGGAAGAGCUAGACGGGAAGGGCGCCACCGGGGCCACUGGCGGCCCAGCUCGGGGCGGCCCCGGAUCUGGGCCCGGCCCUGCAGCCGAACAUCCGGAGAGCAAGAUAAAGUCAGAGCCACCUGAUGACCUCCACAACCUGGAAUCCAUCCUCGGAGAUUUGAGGGGUUCAAGCUCUGACUUUUACCCGGAUCAGGCUGGAGGGGCUAACGACGCAGGAAGCAAACCCCAGGGUUGCCUUGACGACGGCCUGCAGGGGAGUCCAGGAAUGGGUCCGGGGCCUCGGGGGCCCUUCCAGAGGGCCCUGUCCAUGGACGGGAAGCCUCCUGUCGGGCCUGUAGGAACGGGUCGGCGCCCCAUGCUCAUCAAGCAGGAGAACGUGAUGGGCAGCCCGGACGGAUACCCAGGAAACAUGGGACCAAUGAACAGGGGCAUGGUUCCCCAGAGGUCUCCCAUGGGUGGGUCAGGGGACUGGGGCAUGACCCGCUCCAGCGCCAGCCCAGUGGGCUCGGCGGGACACCCCUCCAUGAUGCGCCCAGGCAUGGAGUACAGCAAUAGCAAGGGCAUGAUGUCAGGACCGAUGGUCGGCCGCUCCAACAGUGUACCGGGCACCAGGUCUAUGCUGCAGCAGCAGCUCAUGGAUAUGGGAGGCUCUGCUGACAUGAGCCCCUUCAGCCAGCAGGGGCAUCCCAACCAGGCCCCCUCCUGGCCGGACGCUAUAAUGGGCAUGGAGGGCAACAGACGCCAGUUUGGCAACACCUUAGAUGAUCUUUUGGUGCCUCCCACCACCAGUGAGGGUCAGAGCGACGAGCGGGCGCUUCUGGACCAGCUGGACUCUCUGCUGAAUAACACGGACGGCAUCGCUCUGGAGGAGAUAGACCGAGCCCUGGGCAUCCCAGACCUCGUCAGCCAGAACCAGGGAAGUGAGCAGCAGAUGGAGCCAUUCCCAGGACAGGACCCGUCCAUGGUGCUGGACCAGAAGCCCCUCUACGGACAGGGCUAUCCCGGACCCCCCUCCAUGCCAUUGCAGUCCAGCUAUGGAGGGAACCCCAUGCAGGGGCAGGCCCAGCAGGGGGGGUUUGGGCCCAUGCUGUCUCAGAUGGGCCACGGUGGCAGCUUCCCCGGUAUGGGUGGCAUGGGCGCCAUGGGUCACCCUCGUGCCAACAUGAUGAGGCCCAGGAUGAUGACCGCCAACAAGCCCAUGAGGCUCCAGCUGCAACAGAGGCUGCAGGGGCAGCAGUUCAUGAAUCAGACGCGGCAGGGCAUGGGCAUGAAGAUGGAGAACCCAGGAGGCAACCCUGGCAUGAGGCCCGGCAUGCAGCCUGGCAUGGGAGGACAGCCGGGCUUCCUCAAUGCUCAGAUGAUGGCUCAGCGCAGCAGGGAGAUGGUCACCAUGCAGAUGAGGAGGCAGCGCAUGAUGAUGCUGAUGCAGCAGCAGCAGCAGCAGCAGGCGGCGGCGGCAGCCGCUGCAGCCGCGGGAGGAUUCAGCCCCCCUCCGAACGUCACGGCUCCUGGCGGCAUGGAGAACCCGAUGGUAGGGCCCAACAUGGGCCAGCCGAGCCCCCAGCAGUUCGGCUAUGGCGGAAACUAUGGGAUGGCACAGCAGGGAGACCCCUCGUUCGGCCCGUCGGGCGGCAGUCCUCCUGGCACCAUGAUGCCCGGCCGACUGGGGCCUCAAAAUCCCAUGAUGCAACAGCAUCCGCAAGGCGGUCCCAUGUACCAGGGGGCAGAAAUGAAGGGCUGGUCGCAGGGAGGCAUGGGACGCAACAGCUCGUACCCUCAGCAGCAGUUCGGGCAGCAGGGACCUCCGGGGCAGCAGCAGUUUGGGCAGCAGGGGAAUUCAGGCCAGUACGGGGCCAUGAUGAUGAACGGGGGCAUGCCAGCCAGCGGAGGAGGAGGUCACAUGGGCCAAAUGGGAGGGCAGAUGGGCAUGAACCCGAUGGUGAUGGGACGCAUGCAGAUGGGGCCUGAUCAGAAAUACUGCUAAACAUCGUGACGGAAGCAUUCGUCUCACUGUGAUCUCCAUUCAGAGAGAGGACCCGGCUGCAGCACUGGUGUGUGCGUGUGUGUGUGUGUGUGUGUGUGUGCGCGUGCGUGUGUGUCCCACUGUCACACAGUUGUGAGUGUUUGAGGGCUCUCUGGCAGACAUUUUGAGCCCUUUAUGAACCCUUUUCCGUAAGUCAGCAUUAGAUGCCGACUUUGCUUAAGGGAAUUACCCACAAUUCAUUGCAAUGUGACGCAGUUACCAAUGGAAGCAUGGAGACGUAAAAGAAGGUAAACAAAGAGGACGGCGCGUGGGUGUUCAGCCCGAUUAAUUACAACAUUAAGACAUUAAAAACACACAAAAUAAGAGGAAUGCAAGCAGAAAUGAUAUAUAUAUAUAUAUAUAUAUAU